UCCACCCCGACGCGAGCGAGCGAGGCAGCGCCGACGCCGCCACCGUCGCCGACGCGAUCGCGCGCUGACUCUCAGCCCGAGCGCUCGGAGGAGAAGCAGCCUCAGCCAUGGCCGUGGGGAAAAACAAGCGUAUCUCGAAGGGGAAGAAGGGAUCCAAGAAGAAGACCGUCGAUCCCUUCGCCAAGAAAGAUUGGUACGACAUCAAGGCCCCAUCGGUGUUCAACGUGAGGAACGUCGGGAAGACGCUCGUGUCCAGGACACAGGGCACAAAGAUUGCUUCAGAGGGUCUCAAACAUCGCGUGUUCGAGGUUUCCUUGGCUGAUCUGCAGAACGAUGAGGAUCAGGCGUACCGUAAAAUCAGACUUCGUGCUGAGGAUGUUCAAGGCAAGAACGUUCUUACAAACUUCUGGGGGAUGGAUUUUACAACUGACAAGCUCAGGUCAUUGGUGAAGAAGUGGCAGACGCUCAUCGAGGCUCAUGUGGACGUUAAGACCACCGAUAACUAUAUGCUUCGUCUGUUCUGUAUUGGCUUCACCAAGAGGAGGCCAAACCAAGUGAAACGUACCUGCUAUGCUCAAGCAAGCCAGAUUAGACAGAUCCGCCGCAAGAUGGUGGAGAUAAUGGCGAACCAGGCAUCGUCCUGUGACUUGAAGGAGCUCGUGUCAAAGUUCAUUCCUGAGGUGAUUGGGAAGGAAAUCGAGAAGUCCACAUCAAGCAUCUUUCCGCUUCAGAAUGUCUUCGUGCGCAAGGUCAAGAUCCUCAAGGCCCCAAAAUUUGACCUGGGGAAGCUUAUGGAGGUGCAUGGGGAUUAUACCAAGGAAGAUGUUGGUAUGAAGCUCGAGAGGCCUGCAGAAGAUGAAGCUGUGGCAGGACAGGAAGUCGCUGCUGAGUAGAUUUAUCCCUUAUUUUGUAGAGCUCUAAUUCUUCAGAUCUGCUUAACUGUCUCAGUUUUUGUGGUGUGCUAGUGUGGCAAUGUUUUUUGUUCUUGUUUAUGGGCCAAAAAUACUAUGUUUAUUUGCCUGCUCGUGCUAGGCCUGCUCUGAACUUGAAAGCCUGAUUUGUAACUUUCGUUAUGCAUGGAAGAAUUUUGUUUAUUGCUUGCUUCUCCUAAUGCAUUUUGCCAAACUUGCCAUAA